AACCUCUGUGAAUAAGCAAGGGAACAUAGGUAAGUGUGUGGUAGUAUGGGAUUCUAAAAAUGACUUGUAUUUAUACUGGUGAAACAUAAAGUUUAAGACAGCUUGGUCUUGAAGGAAAUCAUGGAUAUGCAUUAUUCUUCCCUCCCUGCCCUUCCAGAUAGAGGGAUCAGCAACAGCAGAGAGGAAGUGGAAAUAGAUGGGGUCAACUCAUCUGAAAAGUAAAGGCUUUAUAAGAUAGGGAGAGAUGAGGUAAGGGAUGGUAUUUAAUGAAGGCCCUUGCUUGCUGGUCUAAGCUUUUAGAUUUGAACCUGUAGCACUAAAGUAUACUUUUUUCAUCUCCAUCUGUCAGUCUGGACUGUAAGUCUGUCCCCACUUUCUAUGUGUAGAGAUUCUGUACUGGGGCAUAGGGAUGGAAACCUAAAGGAUACCUUCUUUGAGGAGCUUCUUAAACACCUUGAUCCAGAGGUAUGUCUAUCUCAGGGUUUGGAAUGGAACACUUCUAUCCCAGGAAUACCUCAGGGAAAGAAUAACUGAAUAAACAUUUUGAAGACUUUUUAAAUUAAGCAUUUUAGAAUCUAAAGGGAACUUGGAGGUCAUAUAGUUCAUCUCUGCCCAUUUUACAGAUGAAGAAACUGAGGCCUAGAGAUACCACAGGGUCCUGAAGGUCUGUAUUUAGUGGCAAAAUUGGAUCAAGAGGCUAAUGUUCCGUACUGUCAAUAGGAUCUAAUAUAGCUGUAAAGUAGCUUCUGUUUUAAGUCUUUUUUUUCUCUCAAUACCCUGUACACACAAAGCGAAUGUGUUCAACAAGGCUUUCAUGUCACAAAUCCCUGAGAAAUCUAACACAUGAACUAGUUCAGAGCAAGUAUCCUGAUAUUAGUUGACAACUCAGGUUCUAGUGUUAAUUCCUUCUUCUCUCAUCAGCCAUAAGAAAUGCGGUAUCCUGUCAAGUCUGUUUUCCAGACCAGCUGUUACUAUUUUUUCUUCUGUGAUGCACAUGAAUAAUGUUCACAUUCUUCAUACCCCUAAUGCAUCCUGUCUUGUUCUUGCUGCUCGGCAUGCCAGUGCGUCCCCUACGAAUUUGAAAGACAUAUUGGCAGAUCUGAUACCCAAGGAGCAAGCCAGAGUAAAGACCUUCAGGCAGCAACAUGGCAAGACAGUAGUGGGUCAAAUCACUGUGGACAUGAUGUAUGGUGGCAUGAGAGGCAUGAAGGGAUUGGUAUAUGAAACAUCAGUUCUUGAUCCUGAUGAGGGCAUCCGUUUCCGAGGUUACAGUAUCCCUGAAUGCCAGAAACUGCUGCCCAAGGCUAAAGGGGGUGAAGAACCCCUGCCAGAGGGCUUAUUUUGGUUGCUGGUAACUGGACAAAUCCCAACAGAAGAACAGGUGUCUUGGCUUUCAAAAGAGUGGGCAAAGAGGGCAGCUUUACCUUCCCAUGUGGUCACCAUGCUAGACAACUUUCCCACCAAUCUACAUCCCAUGUCUCAGCUCAGUGCAGCCAUUACAGCCCUCAACAGUGAAAGCAACUUUGCCCGAGCAUAUGCAGAGGGUAUCAACCGAACCAAGUACUGGGAGUUGAUUUAUGAAGAUUGUAUGGAUCUUAUCGCAAAGCUACCUUGUGUUGCAGCAAAGAUCUACCGGAAUCUCUAUCGGGAGGGCAGCAGUAUCGGGGCCAUUGACUCUAAGCUGGACUGGUCCCAUAAUUUCACCAACAUGUUAGGCUAUACUGAUGCUCAGUUCACUGAGCUCAUGCGCUUGUACCUCACCAUCCACAGUGACCAUGAGGGAGGCAAUGUAAGUGCCCAUACCAGCCACUUGGUGGGCAGUGCCCUUUCAGACCCCUACCUGUCCUUUGCAGCAGCCAUGAACGGGCUAGCAGGGCCCCUACAUGGUUUGGCAAAUCAGGAAGUACUUGUUUGGCUGACACAACUACAAAAAGAAGUUGGCAAAGAUGUGUCAGAUGAGAAGUUACGAGACUACAUAUGGAACACACUCAACUCAGGACGGGUUGUCCCAGGCUAUGGCCAUGCAGUACUAAGGAAGACUGAUCCACGAUAUACCUGUCAGCGAGAGUUUGCUCUUAAACACCUGCCUCAUGACUCCAUGUUUAAGCUUGUUGCUCAGCUGUACAAGAUUGUGCCCAAUGUCCUGUUAGAGCAGGGCAAGGCCAAAAAUCCUUGGCCCAAUGUAGAUGCUCACAGUGGUGUGCUGCUCCAGUACUACGGCAUGACAGAGAUGAAUUACUACACAGUCCUGUUUGGGGUGUCACGGGCACUGGGGGUACUGGCACAGCUCAUUUGGAGCCGAGCCCUAGGCUUCCCACUAGAGAGGCCCAAGUCAAUGAGCACGGAUGGUCUGAUGAAGUUUGUGGACUCUAAGUCAGGGUAAAACUGGAGACUGGGGGGAAGCUAACUACCAGAAAGUGAGGGAGCUUUAAAAAAAAGUAUAAUUUUGUUUUGUUUCAGGGGGCUUUUUAAGAUUUAAGAUUAAAUUGUAUCUGAGGCACUGAUAAUAAGUUUGAAGUUAAAAUAGAAAUUAAGACUUUAAAAGAUAAAAAGUAACCCCUUCUUCCCUAAUCAGUUCCUUUUUCCUGCCUGGUGAGUUGCCCAUCAACUGUAGGGUGACCAGGACUAAUGCAUGUGGUAUGGGUUAGGUUUGGGUCCCCCCUCCCACCACCACCACCACCACCACCUCUAGAGUGAGAAUCUGACUCUUCUUUACCUGGGUCAAAGCUGGUUGCAGAGAAUCUGCAGUGACUUUAGAGCUUUUGGUUCUACUCAGCCCAGCCCUCCAUAGGCCAGCAAAUCGGGACUCUGCCCCUUCUGUUCCCAUAGGAAUCAUGUUGGAUUAUCAGUUCUGUGAAGCCUCAUUGCUCUCUCCCAUGCACACAGACACUUCCUAGCAAGACCUGUUGGGUUAGGCAGACCUCUUUGGCAUUUUUUUUUAUGCUACUAGGUGACCAUAAAGGCCAUGGCAUUUGUUGUGACUGGCACCCAAUGUUUGAUUUUUCUCUUUUAAAAUUAUCCUAUGAAAAUUAAGAUCUGGGAGUAUUCUCUUACUCACUGCUUUAAUAUUCCCCUCCUUCCAGAUUUUCUAUACCUGCUGUACCUCAAGCUGAGGGUGCUGUGGACUCCCCCCACCCUUCCCCCCCUGCCCCUUACUAGAGGUCUUUACUAGGCCUCUUCCAGCAGGUUGUAUAUGCCACUGUCUAAGCUGUGGUCCUUCCCAGUCAUUUGGCUUUGUCAGUGCUUAACAUGUACUAAACUUUUUAGUCCUGUGGAACACAAGCCACUACCCUUUGAUCUUUUUCUUCUACUUUAUUUUAAUAUGCUAUGGGCCAUUGAAUAAGGACUUGGGAAUGACCAGCAUACUAUCUUCAUAGUCUGGUUCCAGGGAUAUGGGUACUUCUUAGCAGGGAAAUUAUUUAAGAUUGGAUGUGGUUUCCUUUGACUAUCAGGUCUUGGGGCUACAAAAGUAAUAGGCCUCCCUCUUCCCCUGCUACAAGAAAAUAUCCCUUUAUUUAUCAAGAUCCUUAUCUGGCCCCUUCCUCAAGAGCUCACAGUACAGUAUUUUUUAGAAGCCCCAUUUGCACAGGUUUCAGUGACUCAGAAUGCUCUACUGCCUUUUCUUUAAGAAAGGAUUGAAAUACACUCCUACAGUGCCCCCUUCCUUCCUCGCAACUCCUGCCUGUGUUUGUGUGGAACCCUAAUCCCCAGAACCACGCUGAGAUGGACACAUUGUCUGUAAACCCCUGGGUAACUGUCAAGUCAUGAUCCAGACUUCAGGUUGUUCUGUAUAAAAUGCAAAAUAAAUGUUUUUAUUAACAAUG